AGGCCCUAGCCCAUGCCAUCUUCAUCCCAUUAGAAUAAGAUCUUGCUACUGGUAUUCUUCCAUUUUCUAGUCCAUGUCAAGUGUGAGGAGAGGCUAGCAUUUUUCCAGCACUUCCGGGUUUUGUCUCCAAUAUGGUCAUGAAUUCUGUUAUCCUACCAAUAAAAGUUAAACGCUGGCACAUGUCAACAUGUAUUUCUGUAAAGUCAGUUCACCAGCCAAUGGGAGGGUACAUUGGCAUUUUCUGUUAUUCAACCGUGGGAGAGUACCCUGGUAUUUCUAUUAUCUAGCCAGUUGGGAGAAUACACUAACUAUGACUAAUUGAGGGGACCACUAAAUAGAUUUCAGUAUGCCUAAAUGAGUUAUAACUGUGAUUUUCUUCUUGCUCAAAAUUAAAAUAUUUACUUGACAUGCUUUAAAAUUCUAGUGAGGGUUAUUCAUAUUUUAUUUACUGAGAUAUCUCAUAGUUUUUCCUUAUCCACCAUUUCAAGUAGUGUGACCUGAGACAUGGGAAACCAAGGGGAGUGACGAGUUAGAAGGCUAGCCAUUGUAUUUUGGACGUAGAUUUUGAGUUGUAGAUUAUUCUUUGUAAGCUAGAUUUUGUUUUGAAAUAUUGAUCUAAGUUUAUGUGAACUAUUAGUAAUGAAUUUAGCAAGUUUCGAGUGUUGUGCAUUUGUGGGAUUCUUUCAAAGUGUAUGGUGUCUGUUUCGCUCCUGGUUUUAAGGUGUGACAGGGUUGAAUCUCUAUAUAUUAUAUUUUUAUUGGCUCCUAAAAAUGGACAAAAAGUCAAUGCAAUUUGGUAUGAUUAGCGUGAGGCUAAUACUAGUUGUAACCCAACAAUUGGUUGGGAUGGCUAUCCUAUAGCGAUAAAAAUCCAUCAAGUUG